AUGCUGCUGAAUAUAUGCCACAAACGCGUCACGGAUAAAACUUACGUGGACAAGAUUCACGUCGGCCUGGAUCCUGUUGUAAAGGGCAGAAUGGAGCGCCUGGUCCACGUCCUGUAUCGCGUCAUCGCCAAACAGAAUGACGCACCCAUCACCCACACUAGGGUGACGGCUUCGCACUGGAUUGUGUGUGUAGCGGAAAAGGAUGCUCGCCCCAACGUCACUUCCUUCGGAUGCCGCAGUCACGGAAGCAACAUCCGCCGCGCUGACGCCGUCGAGGCAGUCUUUCAGCCUUCCAUCAAGGAACACCGCGACACGCGCAAGGCCGUCGCUGAUGAGGCGUGUCACAGCCGCAGCCAUCGUCACCACACUGCUGCUGCUGCUACCGCCGCCACCACCACCACCACCACCGCCCCAAUCCACCGCCACUCGCCCCUUGGAGAAAGCGGGGUGUGGGAGCAGCCACAUCUUCUGUGUCAGUGA